AUGCCCACUCCUCCUCGAGACGUCACCAUCGAUAUUCCCCUAACAAAGGUCCAGUCCGCUACAGGCGCACGGAAACCUACGAGCACCCUCUCCCCAGUAUACAGCAACCCUCAGAAACCUCCAGAGUACGAAGAUGCCUUCGACGAGAAACAAAACACAUCCGCUUUCCAGGCUCCUAGUAGUGGCCAUGGCGGACGCAGACGAAAACGAGAGGCACAAGGCAUGAGCUCAAAGGCCACCGAGGAUGGCUCCCUCACCUGGAUGGGGAAGAUCUACUCGAGGAUCUACAACUUCUCGAUCGUCACUCGAUACCUCUUCUACGUCGUCCCGGUAGCGGCCCUCAUUGCAGUACCUUUAGUUCUGGGAGCGGCCGUGUUUCCAGAUGCUCGAGUCGGGAACAUGACGUUGCUACACUUCUCAUUGUGGCUGAUGAUUGCCUGGUGUUCGCUAUGGAUCAGCAAACUCAUCGCCCAGUUCCUUCCCUUCCUCUUUCAAUUUCUCUGCGGCGUUGUCAGUCCUGGCACACGCAAGUACUCGGCCAUUCUCGCAAAUCUUGAGAUCCCGCUAUCCCUGGUCGGAUGGGCUGUGGCUUCCUUGGUCAGCUUCCUGAUUCUUGGAAGAGGCGCUGGCAACUGGGGAGACCGCAUGGCAAGAAUUUUGUGGGCAUGUCUGGCUUCGACCAUUGUUUUGUUGGCAGAAAAGCUCGUGAUUCAGCUCAUCCAAAUCAGCUAUCACCGAAAGUCAUUCGAUGAGAAGAUCCGAACGUCGAAGCACGAGAUAUACCUAGUCACUCUUCUCUACGAUGCCUCCCGGUCACUCUUCCCACCAUACUGCUCAGAAUUCGCCGAAGAAGAUUAUGCAAUCAGCGACACCUACGAACUUGUUAGUGGCAGGAGUAGCAGGGGUGCUCACAAGAGAUCUGGUUCAAACACUCCGGCGAAGCUUCUGCAGAAUGUUGGAAGAGUCAAGGAUAAUAUCACCUCAGCCUUCGGACAGGUCGCUCAGGAGAUCACCGGCAAGAAGACUGUCUUCAACCCUAAUGCUGCCCAUUCGGUUGUCAUUCAGGCUCUGGAAAAGAAGCAUUCGACUGAAGCGCUAGCUCGACGACUGUGGCUGUCUUUCGUCCUUGAAGGCAGAGAAGCGCUUUACCCCGAUGACAUUGCUGAAGUACUCGGCCCUGAUCGAGCUGCGGAAGCCGAGGAAGCCUUUAUUGCAUUAGAUGCGGAUGGCAAUGGCGACAUCUCACUGGAUGAGAUGAUCUUGCGUCUGGGUGAGAUGGGCCGGGCUCGUCAUGCCAUCACCAACAGCAUGCACGAUGUCGAUCAAGCCAUACACGUAUUGGACAACCUCCUCAUGACUGUUGUCUUUGUGGCAGUUGUACUCAUCUUCGUGGCUUGGAAUGUCGACAACUUUACUGCCAGCCUUGCAACUACCGGAACGGCGCUUCUGUCUCUUUCAUUCGUCUUCGCCGCAUCAGCCCAGGAAGUCCUCGGAUCGUGCAUCUUUCUCUUUGUCAAGCACCCUUACGAUGUUGGCGAUCGUGUUGACGUCGCAGAAGAACGUUACGUCGUCGAGCGAAUCUCACUACUCUACACAAUCUUCAAAAGACUCAAAGACCACAAACGCACGCAAGUGCCUCACAUCGUUCUCAACUCUUUAUGGAUCGACAAUGUUUCACGAAGCAAGGCCAUGCGCGAGCAGCUCAACAUGUACGUCAGCUUCGACACUAGUCUGGAGGACAUCGCACUUCUGAAACAAGAAAUGGAAGCUUUUGUACGUGACAAAGACAAUAGUCGAGACUUCCAACAAGAGGUUGAGGUCGAGGUCACAGGCAUUGCGGAAAUGAACAAGCUGGAGUUGAAGAUCGAGAUCCUGCACAAGUCGAACUGGUCCAACGAGACCGUCCGCGCUGCUCGGCGAAGCAAAUUCAUGUGCGCUCUUGUGCUUGCUCUGCGUAAGGUGCCAAUCUAUGCACCUGGUGGCGGCGGGGCCGCAUUGGGCGACAAGGCCAACCCGUCAUACUCUGUCAACAUUUCCGACUCCGAAGCUCGAGAGAACGCCGAAGACUUCGAUGACAAGAAGGAUAAGUCGCGUUUGUUCCCGCUCAAAUCCAAGAACAAGCCUUCUGACGACGGCAACACCGGUUUCUCGUCAUCACAUGACUUAACGAAGGUUGCGAGUGACGGUGCGAGCCAAAAGGAGAACGCUGUACUGCAAGGUCUGAACAAACGUAACGCAGCAUCCGAUUCGGCAAGAGAUCAGGAUCAGCGUGAGGCUGACAUCGAAGAGGUCAAGACCAUGCUUCGGCGCGAAUCGACCACAGGUCGUCGCCGCCGGUCCAAUUCAAUGCUCUCUCCCACUAGUGCUAUGCGCUAUGGUGGUCACCAGACCAUACCGACGAUUCCUGACGCCUCACCCAUGGAACCGGCGAACCCAGCACAGGCUCCUCGAGUUAGCUACUUUGAGGACACCUCAUAUGCUCCGCCCCCGCCAGCCAAGAAUUCGCCUUACGUGCAGCAACCUCCGGCCAUGGCGCAAGCUUACCCAUCGACAUCACAAGUAGGCCGACACGACAGCGCCACGUUGCCCAACUCGCCUUGCUUGAAUCCGAAGCACGAAGCACCGAGCGGCGGAAUUCAUGGCACCGCAUUCCCAGGUACACCGUCGCGCAGUCAGCGACCAUACGAAUUGCCCAGUCACACCCGCGAGCGAAGCAACACCGGCUCUCCGACUAACAGUCGCAAGCCAGUCCCAGGUAUUAGUGAUAUGAGGGAACAGCUGCUUCAGAGUCCGAAAUAG